GUGUUGUGUUAUGGUGUGAUAACGGUGCUUCUCUAAUCCAUCAUCGUAGUCACCACCUUUUCGUUCUGAUCCAUUUUUUUAAAUUUAACGUAACUGAUAAUAUCGAUGUCCAUACGCCAAAGUGAGUCAACAAUCUCAAAGCAGUAGGUGGCCUCGCUUCUGCCUUGUUAGGGGAUUUUACGUGGCGAUAGGUGGGGAAAAACUAUGCAAGUGUUGCAAUGUUUACACAAUGGCAGCGAAAGCAGCACCAGAAGAUGAUCUACAUUCUGGUUCAAAUAUUAACGACUGUAUGGGCAGUAAAUAGCCAGCAGCAGCAGCAGCUUCAGGUACUAGCCGAGGUGCCGAAUGUUAGCGGAACUAACCUGCGGAACAGUGGAUACGAAUACCAAUAUGUGGAGGAUUGGCCAAAGCUAAGUAGGAAGCUAGGAUCCGUCUCGGCGGUUGCUUUCGACCUUCGAGGGAACGUGGUCGUCUUCCAUCGUGGAUCGCACGUGUGGAACAUUUCGUCGUUUGACCAGAAAAAUCGAUACACCUAUGUUGAGACUGGCCCGAUCAAUGAGUCCACGCUUCUGAGCUUCGAAAGUGCGGGCGGUGAUCUACUAAACGAAUGGGGUGCUAAUUUCUUCUACAUGCCCCAUGGCCUCACGAUCGAUAAGAGCAAUAAUUACUGGCUGACGGAUGUCGCCCUGCAUCAGGUUUUCAAAUUCGAUUUGUCUGUUUCCAGCAGCGAACCGGUUCUGACGCUUGGCGAGCGCUUCGAACCUGGAACCGGCUCGUCCAGUUUCUGCAAGCCCACCUCGGUGGCAGUUCUAGACAAUGGAGAUUUCUUCGUAGCCGAUGGCUAUUGUAAUGGAAGAAUCAUGAAAUUCUCUUCCGAUGGUCAGUUGAUUCUCAAUUGGGGGAAGAAUUCGUUCGUCCUAACCAGAACGUUCAUCCUCCCGCCGGGUCCAGUGCCGGAGAACUUCCUCGCUAUACCGCAUGCUUUGACCUACUUGGAAGACAGGGAACUCAUUUGCGUAGCCGAUCGCGAGCAAGGCAGAAUCCAGUGCUUCCACGGUCAAAACGGAACAUUCCAUUCGAUGUAUAGCAACACCCAGAUAGGCAGUCGGCUAUUCAGCAUCAAGUACCUCCCUCUGGACGGCGGUCUGUUCUUCAUGAUCAAUGGGCCACAGUUCACGACCUCGGAACCGAUCAAUGGACUGAUCAUGUCGAUGAACAACAGCGAAAUAGUGGGUCGAUUCUACCCCGACACGAAUCCACAGAACGCUUUCAACAAUCCUCACGAACUGGCAGUCAGCGCUGAUGGUGGUCAGAUCUACGUAGCUGAAUUACUACCUACCAAAGUUCAUAAAUUCAAACGAAAAGGUCAGGUACCGAAAGUCAUAAAAUCGUUGGAGCAUUACCGGUUUCCACCGUCUCCACCGAUGGUGGCCGAUACGCUCUAUGCCAGCAGUCUGACGAUAGUGUCCAUCGUGGCCAGUCUGCUGGGAACCAGCUGCUUGAUUCUUUGCGUAUCACGAACGAUGUGCUUCAAGUCGGGCGGUGGUUCCGGACGGAGAUCACGAUUCUCCACUGCCAGUGAGAACAUUGCACUGCAUCGCAUGGGUCGAGAGGAUGAAGAACGGGGGGAGGCGCAGUGAGGACUUUAAAAUGUUUUUUUUAGUACAACUAAUGCAACAGAGACAA